AUGGAACGGGUGACGUGGGAGGACCAAGUGCAUGGCAGUGUGAUGGGAACAGUUGGGGGGCUAAGCGCCAACAAAGGAGACGUUUCAAGGAGUCCAAGUAAUAGUACAGAAGCAGUUGGGGCACAUGACAACGCCUUCUGGAAUAUCACCUCCAUGAAUAGCGAAAAUAAAAAGUAUCUUCUCAGGAGUUACGUGGAGAAGAUCAAGCGAAUAGGUCAGCAUAGUGUGAAGCCAAAGUACUAUGACGUCCUGAGCGUCAGUAGCAAUGCGGAUGGAAAAACUAUCAGGAAGAGUUACCUUCAACUCUCCAAGCUGUUCAGUGUGCACAACAAAUUGUCCCUCGAACACGAAGAAUGUUAUCACUACAUUCAAAAGGCUUAUCAAAUAUUAACAAACAAGUUUGAAAAAUUCUACUACGAUGUGCUAAAUGGGUACAUUGAUGAGUCCACCAUUGAGACAUGCAGGAGACAGUUGCACGUGGAAGCAGAUGUCAUAUACACAAAUAAAAUUAAGGAAUUAAAAAGUGUGUAUUGUGAAAAACUCAAACAAGAGGGGGGGAAAAAUGGACUUAUUAUAGAGAAGGCUUUAUUUGGAAAUUUAACCCUAAAGGAACAGCAUAUAAAUAAUUGCCUAAAUAUGGGCGCCAUAACAGAGAAUGAUUUAGAAGGUCCUUUCCUCGACCUCACAAUAAUUUUGCAAUCUCGAAUUGAAAACAGCUCCCUUCUAUUCAAUGACGAAUUUUCCUUUGCCCAUUUUUGUGAUGUGCCCAAGCCCUUGAUUAAGAUUCCUUGUAGGGAAGACAUGUCUUACGCUGAUAUGUUGCAAAACACAGAAAUGUACUUAUAUGUAAAAUAUAAAUUUUUAAAUACCUAUCAUGAGCUCAUUGUGGUAGACAGAUCCAGGUUUACUCUACCACAGAGUACCCAUCGAACAUUCGGUAAUCGUAUUUGUGGACCCUUCUCUCCAGUCAAUGUGAUUAAAAUGAAGCACUUGUCCAAUUCGCUGGUGGAUACCGUUUUCCACUUUUUCUCCAAGAAUAAAUUUUACAUCACCCUCUUCACCACUAUUCUUCUCUGCGCGCAGUCGGUGAAGUCGCCAUAG